UCAAGGGGGCCGUGUAGUUUGACAACUGGCUCAAAGGGGUUAUGUCGUUGUUUGUUUUCUAGUUGAUGCCCCUUGAAGAUGGGGGUAAUAUUCGCGUCUAAGUCUUGAUCAACGGUCUUUACCAUGUUCAGCAAAGUUCGAAACGCCUUGUACAACGCUGUGGGUGGAGUAGAGGCUCUGCCUGCAGUCGCAGACGGAGAAGACCAAAGUAGAACGCGGGUACCCAAGUUUCCAUACGCAAGGCCCCAUUUCUUGUUGUUUCAACAAGAUGAGGUUCAAGUGUCCGCUGAUCACCAAAUCAGGCCCAUUAUCGUACCCAGGGACAUCUCGAAAAUACCCUGGUUGAGUGGAUAUGCCGAAACUGUGAACGCUGGAAAGUCAACAUGGAACGAGGACCAAGCCUGUGUCCAGCAAAGAAUACUUGUACGGGAGUCAGAGAAACAUAUUCAGGGUGCAGGGAUGCCAUAUACAUACUUUGCACUUUUCGAUGGUCAUGCUGGCUAUGGAGCAGCAGUUGCAGCAGCAAAUCAACUUCACAAUAUUGUCCAUAAAAAAUUAAUGGAUGUUAUUGAUCAUGUUCUUCCACCAUUGGAACUUGGAAACAAUGGAGUUCAUGGUCACAUGGAAGCAUCUACACACAGAGGAAUGGCUCUUUGGUUUCCAGAAAAAGCACUUCCAGUUGAUGCUUUUAUCACAGGGGCGCUGGAACUUGCUUUUAAUGAAAUGGAUGCUCAAAUUGGCGAAGACAAGAAAAAAUAUGUUAUGAAGGGAGGAUGCACUUGUGUGGUAGCGUUGUUCAUUGCGGGAAAAUUAUAUGUCGCCAAUGCUGGUGACUCAAGAGCUGUUCGCUGCUCCCUUGGAAAACCUUACCCUAUGUCAAACGAUUUUACUCCAAGUACAGAGCGUCGAAGACUUCAGCAAUUGGCUGCUCAUAAACCUGAGCUUCUUUCCGACAAUUUCACCCAUCUUGAGUACAAUCCUCGACCAGGGCGAGCUUUAAUGGGUCGUAAAAUAUUAUACAGAGAUGUUUUCAUGACUGGCUGGGCAUACAAAACCUGUGCCCCAGAAGACCUCCGCACCCCAGUUGUGACAGGAGAAGGAAAAAGAAGUCGCCUUCUUGCCACAAUUGGUGUCACCAGAGGAUUGGGUGACCAUGAAUUAAGAUCCAUCAUUCAUAACACUCCAAUCAAACCAUUUCUUUCCUCUCAUGCUGAGGUCAAAAUCUACAACAUUGAAGCUCAGAAAAUUAAUGAAUCGGAUGUACUUGUCAUGGGAACUGAUGGUUUAUGGGAUGUAACUAGCAAUGAGAGGACAGCUGAGAUAGUCCAACACUCUCUUCAGAACUUUCCUUUUGGUGACAAAGCAAAUGCUAAAUAUAGAUUUACAUCUGCUGCUCAAGAUUUGGUUAUGCACUCUCGAGGAAAACCAGAAGGUCAUAACUGGCAAACUACUGGUGGUGCUCCUGGAACAAUUGAUGACAUUUCAGUUUUUGUCAUACCGCUUACUCCCUACAAGAGUGAGUGGGAAGCCUGGAAACAAAAAAAUGAAGAACUGCGUCAAAUUAAAUCAGCCAAACUCCCAACUAGUAGCAUCAUUACAUCUGAAGAGCCUCGCACUGACAUGGAUUUACAGUUUCCAGCAGAUUCCUUACCAACAGGAAAUCAGACAACUGGUCCCAGUGAUAGAACUACAACACCUCUCCAAAAUGGAACUUCUUCCUCCAGUAUACCUAUUGAAGUGUUUGUAUCCCAACCUGAUGUAGCAAAUGCUUUAGAUCUGCGUCUUGCAGAGAUUAGCCUCGAUGCUGAGGAAGUUUUAGCUCCUGAACCAGAAGACACAAUUGUAAGCAAUGGUGAAUCUUCAGCUGCAACUGGAGAUAAUGCAGAUCCCACCUCUCCAAAUUAUUGUGAACGUUAGGAUUUCUAGGCAAAUUGACUUAUCAGAUUGAUUCUGUAUCAAACAUGUUCUCCAUCAUGAAAAUGUCAGAAUUUGACUCUAAAUGUUGUCAGGCACUGUUUAUCAAAUAAAUGUAUGUACGUAACUGAGAGACAGCACUCAUAGAAUAAUGUUAGAUAAAUGUUCUGCAAGGUGUGAUACAUCAUACUGGCUGUGGUUUGUUGCUGUGCUUCAGUAAAUCUGUAAAAUUAAGCUCUGAUUUUCAUUUGUUUGCAUAAUUUAAAACUCAAAAUUUCAGUUCAUUCUCUUUCCAUUCAUUGCUGUCUUCAUACAUUUUAAUGUAUUUUCUUCUAGUCUCAUUCAGCAAGAAAGUAAUGUAGUUAUAGUAACAAUCUUUGACAGGUGAGUCAAAUAUUUUUUGGGAGGAUUCCGUUGGUUUCCUUUUCAUUUAAAUGGAAAAUUGUAACUGCCCUUAUACAUAUUUUAUCAUUUAUUCAUCUACUUGGUAGGUUAAAAAGUCUGUUGAGUAGUUGUUGUAACUACUUGACUCUCCCAAAUUAAUUUUAACCUGUAGUUUUAAUAACUACUGCCUGGGUAAAAUGAUCAAGUAAGCUUUAAAGUGUCUAAGAGUCAUCUAUUGUAAGAGGAACCAUACUGGACCUCUAUUGCUGCAUUUUUAUUACCGGUAUUUCCUAUUAAAGCUCAUCAAUUUAAAAUGUGUAUUACAUUUAAACUAGAAUGAUCAAACCAGCACAAGUUUUGUAUUAAUUGGAGUUGCCAUAUUGCAUUUCAACUUUUACCUACAAAUGUUGUCAUUUACCUGGCUUCACUUUUAACAUGUUCUCUGUAGUUGGUCUUCAAAAGCUCAUUCAAAGUCGACAGGGUCAAAGCAUAUAAAUUCAGUGUUUUCAAAAGAAAAGUACACAUAUAUGUCUAUUCUUGGCACUGUCCUAUUUAUGUAGGCAUUAGAAGUAUUUGGACUCAAAGAUGAGUUAGCAGAUUGUAUUUUCUAUUGUUAUAUUGCCUGAUCAAGCUUAAUGUACUCUUGUAGUUACUUUCAAAGAUGACUAGUUGUGGCUUUGUUAUUGAGAAAUACUGAUAAUCAUUCCCAUGCAUUCACUUUUGAUAAACAGUUAUUUUUGUUGUUGUUGUUUUUUCUAGGCUAACAUAAAUGAACCGUUGUGAUAGGAUACUGUGGGUCAUAUAUAUACUCCUGCAUUGUCUUUUUCAGCUUUUAAAUUUUCACAGUCUUUGCUGUGUGUUGUUUAGGAAAGUAAUUGUUGACAUUUUCCCAUUUGUACAUAUUUUUGUAUACUGUACAAUGUCAUUUGCAUAGUUUUGUGAUCUAUAGUAUAUUUUUGUAUUUAAGUUGGAAUUUGUUAUCCUGGUUUUUUACUCUCAAAGACAUUUAUUCAGUGUAGAUUUAAUAAGAAUUUUCAGGUGGAUCUUGUAUGCAACCAGUAAUACCCCCACCUUAGUUUUUCUUUUUUCAUGUUUCAGCCCAAUGUUUUUUAACUGUUAACCAAGUAUUAAGUUUUUUGGAGUUUCUGUUAGAUAAUCAUUUAAAAUUGUGUAUUUAGUUUGGCUUUACAUUCCAAAUUUCAGUAUUUAGUCUUCAAUCAAAACUGUUCUACAUGUGUUCAAAAUUAGCCUGUACUCAUUAUCUGCCAAAGAUUUGUUGUUUGAAUAGAUCGCAGAUCAUGUUCCAAACUUGAUAAAUGCUAUUAUCUUUGUGAUGUAUUUUAAUGAAUAUUUUUUUUCUAUAGACUAGUGAGUUUAUGUCAUCUUUGGGUUGAUUUGUCUUGAUGUCAUCUUUGGUACAGUGUGAACAGUUUUCUUGUUUCGAGAAAUAGGGGUUGAUGUUAUUGGACCCACCAUCCAUCGUAUUGUUUUAUAUCAUUAACGUGUGUAUGAGAAAUAAAAGUGAUGUGAAGUACUUAAA